AUGCUUCCCCCGCGCCCAAAACAGGUUCCGCGCCGCUGGAUAGCGUCUCUCGGCCACAGCAGUUGUCGCCCAUGCGUUGUCAAUAACAUUCGAACCGCUGCCGCCACUGUUGGACGUGGUCGUGGUGCUGUCGGUGUCGGUAGAUAUGUGACCACUCAGACCUCGCUCACUUCCGCCGGGUCUAGACCCUCCUCCAGCGUGCUAUUUGUCGUCCCCGCCCGGCCCGUCAUCGACAUCACGCCGUGUUGUCCUCGACUGUUUCAGCUUCAGAUUCGCGGUAAAAAGACCCGGACCGUUGUGCAGUUGAACGAUCUGCCCCUUCCGCCCGUCGUUGAAACCGCCGUCAACGGCCCUCUUCUAGUGGUGGAGGAGUCAGUCCAGGAAGAAGGCACCUCGACGACUCGCCGCAAAAGGAUCAAAAGGACGAUUUUGCAGCUGGAUCAGCUGCCCGUGUCUCAGACUACUCUAACCUCGGAUCCGAUCCUGGAUGCUCAGAGAGAUAUAAAGCCAAACGAGGACAUAGACUCUGGUAAGAGUAAACGGGGCAGGCGGAGGAUUGUCAAGUUAGACGAUUCAUCCACUACGCCAGUUGCUAUGCUCGACGAGGCUCUCCUGCCCGUAAAAGAAGCAACAGAAGAGGCAGCCGAGGUAGAGCAGAAUGAGCCAUCAACACAGCGUAAAAGAGACAAGACGAGGACCGUCAGGUUGAAGGAGAUCCCUCAGGGCGCCCUCCUUCCCGACGAGUCUUUCCCGCCACCGCAGCAGGAAGACCAAGAACCAGCUUACCCAUCAGUAAUCCAACAGCAUCGCCACAAUAUGCAAAAGUUUGACAACUGCGUGUUGCUAACGCGCGUAGGGAGCUUCUACGAGAUGUACUUUGAGCAUGCGGAGGAGGUCGGCCCGCUUCUGAACCUCAAAGUCUCACAAAAGAAAACGAGCGGCGGUCCUGUCUCAAUGGCUGGGUUUCCUUUCUUCCAACUUGACCGUUACCUUAAAGUCUUAGUCGAAGACCUGAAUCGCCAUGUAGCCAUAGCGGAGGAGUACAGAAAUUCCCCUUCAGAGCAGAUCAAAUCGGGUGGUUUGAUGCACAAUCGCAGAGUGACUCGCAUCGUCACCCCGGGCACUCUGAUCGACGAGAACUUCAUGGACCCGUACGCCAACAACUACAUUAUGGCCAUACAUCUGCCUUCCAAUUCGUUGGAAGGAAGCUCGAGUUUUCAAGAAGCCUUGAACUCUGAAACAGAGCAAAAGAAGGAGUCCCUUGUAGGCGAGAAUAUACAAACCCUCAAGGACUGGGCGCCGAUGCUGGACGCAAAAAUACCUACAGAAACAGUAAUCAGGUUCACGGACGAUGAGAUCAAGGCAGGCAACGUCUUGCUUCACUAUGUUACAGACCGACUUCAAGGCUUGAGCAUGAAACUUCAGCCGCCAAUACGCCACGACAACAUGCAAAUUAUGACUAUCGACAAAAACAGCAUGCGAUCUCUGGAGAUCAAGAAAACCAUGAGGGAAGGCUUCUUCGCGGGAAGCUUGUUACAUGCCAUCAGAAGGACAGUGACCAAGAGUGGUGCAAGACUGCUUAAUGAGUGGCUCAGCGCCCCUUCAACGUCCCUUUCGGUGAUAAACUCCCGUCUCGAUCUCAUAACCCGCUUCAUCUCGAACCCAGAUCUCAGCGACGCCAUCACGGUCCUCCUCCAUCGAUCCCACGACACUCAACGUCUCGUCCAAAAAUUCGCUCUCAACCGCGGUGACGCCGACGAUCUCCUCCGGCUCGCCAGCACCAUCAAGGCCACCGAGGACAUCGUCAACCACCUAAAGUCCACCAUUUCCUCCGAAGAUAAUAACCCAGAAGAAGAUGAUUGCCUAACCAAGCUGAUCGAACGUAUAAGCCUCGAGCAACCCCUUAAGCUCGCCAAGCGGAUCUGGGACGCCAUCGACGAGGAAGGGCUCGUCCAGCAACACCAGCUCGAAGAUAGCGAGACGGGCGAGAUGCUUGCUCUCGCACAGGAGAUCGUCAAGGACGAAGGGACAGAGGAGGAUGGGCGGGCGCUUUUGCCCAAGGGAGCUACGGCUAAGAGUAAUAGGGCUAGGGCGGAGCUGACCCAAAACCGAAAUCAACAGGAAAAGGAUCUGUCAAAAGACAACAGGAAAAUAAGUCUGCGAAAUUACUACGGCGAAGACAACCAGGUCUGGAUCAUGAAGCCCAAAGCCAACAGGGCCCUGGCUAAGCUCCACGCGGAACUCAGAUCGCUGCAGGAACAAAAGGAGAAGCUCACCGAGGAGUUCCGCGCAAAGUAUGCGGCGCCAUCGCUUACGCUGAAUUGGAAAACCGGAUUGGGCCAUGUUUGUGUCGUUCGAGGGAGGGAUGCUCGAUUGGCGGUGGGAGAAACGAGUCGUCGCACCAGAACAUCCAGCAGCAGCAGCAACAGCAUGUCCGACCCCAUCUCUGACACCACCGACGCCGAUGCUGCGGACGCCGAUACCGAACCCAUCCCCGAACCCGUCCCAGAACCCGAAUCUCUCUCCACCCUCCGCACGCUCUCUACCACCCGGACCACCCGCACCUUCCACCACCCUCUCUGGACGUCCCUCGGCGAAUCCCUCGACCACGUCCGGCUCCGCAUUCGCUCCGAAGAGACGGCUCUCUUCUCCUCUCUCCGCUCCAACGUGGUAACCUUGCUCAUAAAACUCCGUCGCAAUGCGCUCGUCCUCGACGAGCUCGACAUCGCCACCUCGCUGUCCCGGCUGGCGACGGAGCAGAAUCUCGUUCGGCCCAUUCUGCACGAUUCCUCCACUACCAACGGUUCUCAAGGGAUGGGCACGAGGACGGUCAUAGUAGGCGGUCGCCACCCCACCGUCGAACCCUCCCUCCUCUCCCGAGGCAUGACCUUUCAGAAAAACGACUGCUUAAUCGGCUCCCCCGGACAAGGUGCGAUCUGGCUGAUUACCGGACCGAACAUGGCUGGUAAGAGCACGUUUCUGCGACAGAACGCGCUGAUUACCAUCCUGGCGCAGAUGGGGUGUUAUGUCCCUGCCGAUUACGCGGAGCUGGGUAUUGUUGAUGCCAUCUUCAGCAGGGUCGGGUCGGCGGAUAACUUGUAUGCGGACCAGAGCACUUUCAUGGUGGAGAUGAUGGAGACGGCGGCGAUAUUGCGGCAGGCGACGCCGAGGAGCUUUGUGAUAAUGGAUGAGAUUGGCAGGGGGACGACACCGGAGGAUGGCACAGCUGUGGCGUUUGCGAGCCUGCAUCAUCUGUUGACGGUGAAUAAGUGUAGGGGGUUAUUUGCGACGCAUUUCCAUGCGGUUGGGGAUAUGCUGAAGGAGCAGGGGUUGGUGGUUGAGGAUGGUGCGAGCAGUGCGACUGCAAAUUGGGGUGUGGUUAUGUAUUGCACGGAUGUGGAAGAGGACGAGAGCGGUGGAUUUGUCUAUGUGCACAAGUUGCGCAAAGGCAUGAACAGGCAGAGUCAUGCCCUGAAAGUGGCUCGCCUGGCUGGGCUGCCAGAGCCGGCCAUUAAGAUCGCUCAGCAAGUAUUGGCGGUUCAGGGAGUUGUAGCUUAGGAGUCACGGUAAAAAAGGAGUUCAUUAAAGUCACUGUUGGGAAUUAUGGCACGAGAAUCUGGUUGGUUGUUCAAGGAUUUUAUUGGAAGGGUAUCUGAGAGAAUCUGGAUGUAUCUGGAAAAGUAGAGUU